AGGUGAUGACUGCAAAGGAGUGCCCAGGAGCAGGCCACUACUCCCCAGAGAGCAGAGAAGGAGGUUGUUGGCAGGGACCACAGUCAGACCUGGCCACCACCUUGGGCAUGGCCACUCUGCCCUCUGGACCUGUCUUUCGUCUGGAGAAACCACUGAGAGAUGGAUCCCAUUCCCUAAUGGUCUCACAGCAAAGGAACAGGACUUCCAGGCCCCUUGACCCUGCCUGGCCUGAUUCAGGGCCUGGUGGCCCCCAGCCUUCUGUUUCAAGCUGGGCAUACCCCAGGCGCCCUUCCCUCCCUAAGGACUCAGCUGAGGGACCCCUUGCCCCCUUCUACCUCCACCUCAGCACCCUCCCCCAGCUUGAUGUUUAGGUCUCCCCAGCACCCUCCUCCCUGGCCGGUGCAAAGUACAGGGAGGUAGAGGAGGACCCUUGCAGACCUGUUGCCCAGCACACAGUAGGCCCUCAAUAAAAGCCAUUUGCACUUUAAAUAUA